AAAUUGACCUUAAUAUGAGCAGCAGACAUAAUAGAAUAAAACAAAUCUACACUCCCUUACCUCUUCUUCGUAUUCGUACAAAGCUAGCCAAAAGUUAUAAAAGUUUCUUGCCUAUUACUUAUAAAUUAUCAGCAAACAAAUUAAAUGAAUUUUUAAAUUUAAGCAAUUCAGAAAAAUCAAGUGAACAUUCAAAUGAUUUAAGCAAUUUAGAACGAUACUCAAAUGAAUCAAAUGAAUUAGAUAUAGAUUGGGAGAAUAAUCAGGAAGAGCAAUUACUUGACAAUAUAGAUUGGAAGAAUAAUAAGACAGAAUAUUUACAUGAUUAUAUAACUUUGGACAAUUUGGAGGAUUAUGAAAAAUAUUUACAAGAUAAUGAUAAUGAUUUGAUGAAUUCAGAUAAUAAUACAAAGCAGAAUACCCAAAAAUACAAACUAUUUAAGAGCCAAUCACAAUCUUUUGAAGAAUUUAAUAGAAAAUACACAGCCUAUGAAGACCUUGUCAAAAUUCUUAAACAUUCAGAUUUUCAGCCUGAACAUGUUAUUGCAAAUAUAAGAUCUUCAACCAAAUCUGCAUAUUCAAUAAUGCUAGUAGAUUAUAUUGAAUAUAUUCUUAAUAAUCUAACAAUUGUGCCUAAUUUAUACUUUGGCCCUGGUAUUGUAUGUGAUGAAAAAU